AUGCCAACGAUACAGCAAGCCAAUCCUGUAUCCUGGGGAACUCCACUAUGGGAGGACCUCGAACCACCAAGGCCUAUCCAUCAGAUGAUGCUGAAUCAGGUUUCUUUUCAUGAAGGAGAUCUCAGAAGGGUACAGUACCCAUAUAAAGACCCAUUAGUAGUCAACCUGCUAGUGUCUAUUUGCCUAGUCAGACGAGUAAUAAUUGAUCUCGGCAGUAGUGCCAACAUUAUAGCAAAGUGGACCUUCGAUCAGCUAAAAUUGGCCACAGAUCAAAUUCGCCCCACCAUAAACCCCUUGGUAGGUUUCAAUGGAAGAAGAGUGGAGCCCAUAGGCAUAAUCACACUAUCAGUCACUGCUAUUAAUAGAUCUCUGAAAGAGAACUUUGUGAUUGUGGAUAUUCAUCCAACCUAUAAUCUAUUAAUGGGCCAAGGAUGGAUUAACCGCAUAGAAGGAGUCCCAUCAACUCUACAUCAAGUCAUGAGGUGCGUUAGCCCGAACGGUCAAGAGGUUAUCGAUAUUUGGGGAGAUCAAGUGACAACAAAGGAGUGGUACCACAUAACAAUUUAUCCAACUGAUAAAGGCAAGAAAUUACUAAAAUAA